AGCCCAGAUCUGUAGCGUUAAACGGCUGGAGGCUCGUUUUGUGGAAAAUUGGGUCACAUUUUGGCAAUUAAGGCUAAUGUGAUUUUGCGAUCGUUUCAGUGUUACGUCUUAACCCACUGUGCCCUGAUAGCACGAAGUAGUAAAGCCCUAGCGUCAGUGCAAAAUAAGCAUGCCUGGUUAUUUUCCUGGUAUCUCUCAUCGUUUCAGAGCUAUUUCACAGCAGAGAGGGAAAACAAAUUGAUCGAUCGACCUUAGCUAUUUCAUUAAGUAAUAGACCUGGGCCCAUGUGUUGUAGUAGUGUGGUAACCUCAUGUGAUGAGACGUUUUAGUGUAAUUUUGCCUCUCAUUAUCUGGGAUUCAUAGGGUGAGGUCAUUGUGGAGGGAAACACUAAAAAGGCUGAAUGGUCAUCUUCAGUCAGGCUACAGUAUGUAAACUCGAACAGCAUCUUGUCCCAGCAGUGGCACAAUGGGGCUGGACUUUGAUGUAAAGACAUUCUGUCACAAUCUGCGGGCCACCAAGCCCCCUUAUGAGUGCCCUGUGGAGACUUGCCGCAAGGUCUACAAGAGCUACAGUGGUAUUGAAUAUCACCUUUAUCACUAUGACCAUGACAACCCAACUCCUGCACAGACUGUACCUCAGAAAAAGAGAAAGGGACGGCCUCCUCGCGCUUCAUUGGCUGGGUCAGGGGAUACGGACGAUGGUGGAGGUAAUGGAGGUGGAGGACCGGGACACGGGGGGAACACACCUGGUAGCCCCAACCGGUCAGAGCGCUCUCACUCCCCGGGCAGAGAGACAAUGACCUAUGCCCAAGCACAGCGCAUGGUAGAACUGGAGAUCCAGGGACGCAUCCACCGCAUUAGCAUCUUUGAGAACAUUGAUGUUGUGUCAGAGGAAGACAGCGAUGCAGAGGAUGUGCCGCCAUCUGGUACAGGUGGUAGUGGUGGAGGGGUGUGUAAUGGUAGUGAUGGUGGAGGCGGAGGUAGUGAGGUAGGAGGCAGCGGCAAGGACCGUGCCGAUAUCCCAUCUUCAAACGGGGGCAAAACCACCCCAAAGUCUGGGAAGCACAAGAGUAAAGAAAAGAAGAAGGAUGGCUCAUCUCAUCAUCACAGCACUCAGUCCGGCCCUGCAGUCAAGCUCCCUGAGGCAGUGUUCAGAGAACUGGACCAAGAGAGACCUGACGCCCCUCCUCGGCCAUCAUCUUACUACAGGUACAUUGAUAAGUCUGUGGAGGAGCUGGAUGAGGAAGUAGAGUAUGACAUUGAUGAGGAGGACUACAUUUGGCUUGACAUCAUGAACGACAAGCGGCGGCGUGAUGGUGUGACACCCAUCCCUCAGGAGGUCUUUGAAUACCUCAUGGACCGCUUAGAGAAGGAGUCCUACUUUGAGAGCCACAACAAGGCAGACCCCAGUACCCUCAUUGAUGAAGACGCAGUCUGCUGCAUCUGUAACGAUGGAGAGUGUCAGAACAGCAAUGUGAUCCUGUUCUGUGACAUGUGUAAUCUGGCAGUACACCAAGAGUGCUAUGGUGUGCCCUACAUCCCAGAGGGCCAGUGGUUAUGUCGUCGCUGCCUGCAGUCACCAAGUAGAGCUGUGGACUGUGCUCUCUGUCCUAACAAGGGAGGUGCUUUCAAACAGACAGAUGAUGCACGCUGGGCACACGUAGUGUGUGCCCUCUGGAUCCCAGAGGUCUGCUUUGCUAACACUGUCUUCCUGGAGCCAAUCGAUAGUAUUGAACACAUUCCCCCUGCACGUUGGAAGCUCACCUGCUACAUCUGCAAGCAGCGUGGUUCAGGUGCCUGCAUCCAGUGUCACAAAGCCAACUGUUACACAGCCUUCCACGUCACCUGUGCCCAGCAGGCAGGACUCUAUAUGAAAAUGGAGCCUGUCAGAGAGACUGGGGCCAAUGGCACCUCUUUUAGCGUCCGCAAGACAGCUUACUGUGACAUCCACACACCACCAGGAUCAGCGCGACCUCUGGGGGGAGUCGGCGGGGCCAGCAUGGGUUCAUCUCACAGUGAAGGAGAGCUGGAGGAGGACGAUGAGCCCAGCAUUGGCCAUGAUGAUGAUUCCAAGGGCUGGAGCUCUGAGCGAGCCAAGAGGGCAAAGGCCAAAUCCAGGCUCAAGAUGAAAAGAGCAAGGAAGAUCUUAGCUGAAAGGAGAGCUGCUGCACCCGUGGUGUCUGUGCCUUGCAUACCUCCCCACAGGCUCAGCAAAAUCACCAGUAACUUGACGGUGCCCAGGAAGAGCCAGUUCAUGCAACGACUUCACAGCUACUGGACCUUGAAGAGGCAAAGUCGAAAUGGCGUGCCUCUGCUGCGCCGCCUCCAAACCCACCUGCAGUCACAACGACAUAUUGAUCCACUCCCACCGCAAGCUCCAUCACAGUUCUCUUCGAGGGACAGCGAGGAGAAACAGUCGGCGUUAAAAGAGCAGCUGAAGGCCUGGCAGAGACUGAGACACGACCUGGAGAGAGCCAGGCUACUGGUGGAACUCAUCCGCAAGAGGGAAAAACUUAAGAGGGAGACGAUAAAAGUGCAGCAGAUGGCGCUGGAGAUGCAGCUGACUCCCUUCCUGGUGCUUUUGAGGAGCACGCUGGAACAGUUACAGGAAAGAGACACUAACAACUUUUUCACUGAGCCGGUGCCGCUGGCAGAGGUGCCAGACUACCUGGACCAUAUUGACACUCCAAUGGAUUUCCAGACCAUGUGGAACCAGCUGGAAUCCCACCGCUACCUCACAUUUGAAGCCUUUGAGGCAGACUUUGGCCUCAUUGUCAACAACUGCCUCAAGUACAACGCCAAGGAUACCGUCUUCUACCGUGCUGCCCUGCGCCUAAGAGAGAUGGGCGGGGCCGUCAUACGAACCGCCAGGCGGCAAGCAGAACGAAUAGGCUUUGAUUACGAGGCUGGCAUGCACCUCCCCCGAGAACCGAGCCCAGAAAGUCAACGCGACCAGGAGAGAGAGCGAGAGAGGGAGCGAGAGCGGCAGAGGGAGCGAGAGCGGGAGCGGCAGAGGGAGCGGGAGCGAGAGCGGGAAAAAGACGGGCUAUUUUCCUCAAACGAAGAUGACUUGCUUCUGCCAGAAAACAGGAGACGACUACCACUGGAAGAGCAGCUGCAUUACCUGCAGGCGCGUCUUGAUGAGGUCAGCUCGGGAAAGCACAGCAUUGGUCAGUCUCGUAGAGCCAAAGCACUUAGAAAGGAGAUCAGCGUGAUCAAGAGGAAGCUCGCUCACCAGCGGGAGGGAGGCUCUGGUAUGGGUAGCCGUGAGUCUGUGGGAGUAGGAUCUUCCCUCCCCCAUCACCCUUCCUCUGCAGGACAGCACGAUGAGGGGGGAGAAAGCAGCAGCCAGGAGAUUGGUGGAAAAGAUCUGAGUGUGUCCUCAUCUGCCCUGGCUCCAGAAGUGGGCCGUCGAACAUCGGUCCUUUUUUCCAAAAAGAACCAAAAAAUGGCUGGACCACCCAAAAGGCCAGGUCGACCCCCCAAAAACCGGGAUGCUGGCUAUGGUGGAGCAGGGGUUAGCCAAAGCCCCAUUGGUCCCCCUCAGCUGCCUCUGCUAUCAUCCGCAAGGCAGAGGAAGAGGCCCCGCAGCCCGCACAGCAGCUCCAGCUCUGACAGCGACAGUGACAACGACGACCUGCUGCCAGGUUUACCGACUAACGGUUUUGAUGGAGGAAAUCAGCCGGUAACUGAGAGCUUCCGUGUGUACAGAAAUGAACCUCGUCUCCCUCGUUCCAGCUCAGAUUCUGAGUCCACCACCAGUAGCAGCAGCAGUGCAGCUUCUGACAGGACCAGCACGACCCCCUCUAAGCAGGGCAGAGGGAAGGCGUCCUUCUCCCGCUCGGCCUUCCAGGAGGACAGCAGCGAGGAGACGUCGGGCACUGAAAACGAUUCCUACUCCGUCGGGGGAUCACGGGGGGUUUCACAUUUGGUGCGUGGCCGGGCCAGGGCAGGAUGCUGGAUGACCUCUGAUGACUAUUCUUCUCUGGAAGCUCUGGACCUUGUGUGGGCCAAGUGCAGAGGCUACCCUUCGUAUCCUGCACUGAUAAUUGACCCAAAGAUGCCGCGAGAGGGCGUAUUCCACAGGGGUGUUCCAAUCCCUGUCCCGCCCUUGGAUGUGCUGAAACUAGGAGAGCAAAUGACCCAGGAGGCCAGGGAGCACCUGUUCCUGGUCCUCUUCUUUGACAACAAGAGAACAUGGCAGUGGCUGCCGCGCUCUAAGCUGGUGCCGCUCGGGGUGGACCAGGAGCUGGACAAGGAGAAGAUGCUGGAGGGCAGGAAAUCCAACAUCCGCAAGUCGGUACAGGUGGCCUACCACCGCGCCAUGCAGCACCGCAGCAAGGUGCAGGGAGACCCGAGCAGCGAGACCAGCGACAGUGACUGAAUACACACACACAAACACCCCUUAUGUAUUGGUCCUUGAAGGUGUCGUGGAGUAUAUGUUACUAUCAAGAGCCCAGCCCUCCCAUCACAGAACACAAGAAAUAGUUCCAGUAACACAAAGUGCGAAUGAAGCAUCCACUAUAUUGGCCCCCAAGAGACACACACGCACACACACACACAUGCACACUAAGCCAUAUUUAAUCUGGCAUGUAAAAUAUUGUAUUUAAGAGAAUUGAAGAAAUAGUAUUAAUAAUUAUGAUGGAAAAAUAUGCUAUAUUCAGAAUCACCAAUAAGAUAUUCCUUGUAUGUGGUCAAUAUGUGUUUAAUAACAAAUGAGAUGAUGGUUUACAGACUCAAAAAAAAAAUGAACAUAGUAUUGCACUAUGAUGCAAAAACGACUCUAACUCUCCCUGUCAUUUUUACGGACAUUCACAUAUGUAAUUUUACAUUCUGAGAAAUGCAUGUAGUGUACAUCAAAAUGCACACACUGUGGGUAUGGCUGUGAAUGCAAGGGGCCCCCCAGCACAUCAUACUCACAUGCAUCCCCAGCACACACACAAAAGAAAAAAAAAAAAAAUAAACAGGCCUGGUGCUAAUGUUGGGUCAUUUGUCGGUGGAGCACAACGAGAGACCUUUUCGAGCCUGAACUGUGUACCACAAGCUUAUUCUUUAGCGAAGGACUUCUUCUAAUCAUGGACUACUUCUAAUCACUCCGGCUACACAAGACAUCGUCGUGUGGUCCUUUUUCUUCUGUCACUCAGUGUUCAUCACGUUGCCUGUUUUCACGGUUUUGUUAACGUGCGUCUGUGUCACGCAAGGCCGCUCAUCAGUGCAUAACGAGGACUAAACUGAAACAAAUGAUCGCCUCACUGUCUGUCUUAGUCUCAGGCUGAUGGCUUUAGAUUUUUUUAUACAUACAGAUUGCAUAAAGAUAGAAGUUUAAUAAAAAGAAUUGAGUUUUUUACAAGUUCUGGGUCAUGUUGUGAUCACUUCCUGCUCUGUGUUUACCCUCAGUGUUCAUGAUUGCUGGAGGCCAGUUGUGUGAGAUACCCUGGCAGGUUAACCAGCUUCUAAAUCUCUUUCCCAGGAAACUGACUCAUAAGUGUUUCUUAUGAAUAACUAUUCCAAUGUGUUUCUUACAUUGACUCACUUUUCCUCUGUUUAGAUGCAGAGUGUACUGCCAAUGAGCAUGACCGGUCAGGUUUUAUGUUUCUUUAGAAUGUUUACCUCUUCUUUAGAGUCCAUGCAUGUCUAAACAUUCAAGUCAACUUGCUGUUUUCAUCGUAAGGGUAAACACUGUUUUUCCAAUUUGUUUAUGAAACUGAGACUUUACACUCUUAAACAUAUAAUAUGCAGGAUUUUCCCUAAAAAAUAAUCCAACUCAGUCAUCACUUAUCACUGUUGUAAAGUGUAUCUGCAGAGGCCCUUCCCUUUUUUUUAGUAUUUCGCUGUGUGCAGAAAAUUUUCUUGGCCUGCUUGAGUGUCAUUCCCUGGUUUAACAAUCAGCUCUUACUGCGCUUUUAAAUGGUGUGUUUACAAACGACAGUCAACAAAGGUGUGCAUAUCAUAUCUUUAAGUGUUUGCAGAUCACUUCCCUGUGAGGGCGUGACAGUUCAUACAGAGUUGCAAGUAGGGCUUGAUCAUAAGUCAUCCACACUGGUUCUGCAGGUGUCUCGUAUUUUAUGUUAUAUAAAGACAGAGGUGACUUCCUGUACCCUGGCUCUACUGGUCAGACAACUUUUAAAAAAACAAACCAAUAUGAUGUCUGUCAAUAUGCCUUUCAAGAUUUUUGCAUGCUUAAUUGUGGAGCAUGUCAAGUGAACCUUGCGCACUCUGUAAUUGUUUUAAACGCCCACAUGUUAAGGCAGUGGUUUGGUUUCAAGAAUUAAACCCACCCUCCCCCCCCCUUUUUUUUUGGUCACAAAAUUGCAUAAAUGUCAUGGCCUUUUCAAGUUCAAUGACAGUACAUGUUACUGCCAUUUUAAUGACAUUUCCCAUAAGCUGGCUGACUGUUAUCGGUUGCUAUGUGAGCUAAUUUGCAUCUUGUGACAAAUAUCUAUGAACAAUCAGUGUGAAUUUCCUCCCCAGACCAGAGCUUUUGAUCAUUUUUUCCACACACGAUAAACAUCCCCCACCCGAUUGGGACGCCCACUCUGCACAUCAUGUGUGUCUUCGGAUUUGCAACCGCAGCGACAGCCCUGCUGAGUAAAGAUGGCUGAGUUUCCUGCCCUGAGAAACAUUCAGAAUGUGAGUGGAAACUACUGAUAAGCAUCAGCAGCACAGGACGUGACCUUGUGGUGUUGUGGCAACCUGUUUUUUAUUUUUUUCUAACAAAGUCAAGUUUUAGCUUUUUGUUGUAACUUUAACUGUUACAUCUACUGUACCCUAUCUCUGUACGCACACAUCACAAGAUUAGCCUUCCAGUCAUACAUCAACCUCUUUUUUAUGGGUAUGUACUGUAUAGACUUUCUUGUUGCUUUACUGUUAUUAAAUAACGCACAGGAAUAGUUUUUGUCUUUAUAUGCAUCAUUAUCAGCAAGUAACUAAUGACUUUCAGAAAAAUUAAAUGGCAGUUCAUCAGAUAUAAAGGCAAGUAUUAAGUGUGACAAAUUUAAAAUACACAAGUGCCUACUGUAUUCUCACUACGUGGUACUUACCGUCUUCAAAAAAAAGCAGUACUGAACUGAUGCCCUGUUGGAAAUAUGGUGUUUAAAAAAAGCUCAACUUUAGUGUCACUAAAUCACAUAAGCUUCUUCCAGCUGAGUUCACUGAGUACUUCAUGGCAAACUGUGGCCCAGAUGUCCUGUAGUGAGUGAGUAGCUUUCUCUUUUCCACUCUGCCAUAAAGUUCUAACUGAUUAAGCACCAGGCCAACUGUUAUGGUAGUUUCUCCAAUCUUAGUCUCGGAAACUCAUUCAGAGUUUCUCUCCGUGGCCUCUUUCAGCGGUCUCGUGUUGCUGUCACAGCUGUUCCAUACCUACUCUUUCCGUCUCUUAACAACUGAUUUGUCUGCGCUCCGGGAUGGUGGUUUUGGUUUUGUUUGUGUGAGUUGUGCUUGGUGUUUUCCUAAAUCACCUUUUUUCUCAGAGUUGCUUGAGUUUUCCUUUGAUUCAUCAUCCAAAGUUGAACUUGCAUCAGGAAGGUCCCUGAUCUCCAUUUCACUAAUUAUGUGAAUUAUCUGACUGUGAAUCCUGCUUUUAUAAAUAAUUACAAUAAAUCAAGAUCACUCUGACAUUAAAUGAUAUUUCACACAUAUCUUCUUUGAUUCAAAUGUUGAUAAAAACUUCCCAGGUUGGGUGAUUAUUUCUCUAGACGCUCUGUAAUAUGACUACAGGUCAAGAUUUGUCUGGGUGAAAACUUUUAGUUUUGUUGCCAAAAGCAGUGAUGGGUGAGGAGGAGGUAAGUAUCAUAUUCCAAAGCGGGACCCAUGAGGUUUACGAGCACCACACGCUCCUGUGGGAGUAUUGUUUUCUGCGCUGGGUCACGAUGGGGGCGUUGACACAGAAGAGGAGGCCUCGAAGGUAAACGGGGUCUGGAUUCAGAGUUGUCGGUCGUGUCCUCUUCUCCUCCUGUUGCUGUGAUGAAAUGCGACCGCGGUUAGUCAUACAAAAGUGUUAUGCUUUUUGAUUUUUGUUGUUGUUGUUUUUGUUU